UGUGGGUGUUUCACCGUUUUAUUGAAGCGUAAAAAAUUACUGUAACUCAAUCCAAAGAUUCCUAAGUGAUAAAAUUACCAGUAAACAAUUAAAUGAUUAGUUAAAAAUUAAUAUUUAUUAUUAGAAGAUAUUGGACUGUAGUUUGAGAUAAGAACGAGUUAUUUAUCCUGAGGAUUUAUAAGUUUGGAGUUACGUUACAAUAGUGAGAAGAUUCAAGAUUUAUUGGUGAUUACUGGACGAGAUUGAUCCGCUUAAAGAGACUGCGGAUGAAUAAACGGCUUGGGUGAAAAAAAGUCUGUAUAAAUAUAUACACAUAUAUAGGAGAUAUACAUAUAUAUCAAUAGCUACUAUACAUAUUGUAUUAAUAAGCUUAUAGAGGCCUAUAUAAUAAUAAUAAUAACAAUAAUAAUAAUCACAAGAGAAGAAAGUGGUGGUGUACGGCCUCACGUCCUCGGCGCACGAGUUUACUCUCGGCGGUCGGCUUCGAUUUUCUCCGGGCGCGACGAUGAGUUGCCAAAGAAACGCUGGCAAGAUCACGGUGCCCGAAGACCUCAGGAAUAUACUACUUGAGUUUACGAUCAGUUAUCUCCUCGAGCAACCUGGCGACAUAAUUGAUUAUGCUGUUGAAUUUUUUACUCGUUUACGUGAUAAUCGACAAACAAUGUUGAUCCAAUCUAAUGCUACGUGUUCAUCAACACCCGACGAAUCUGUCGAGGAAGAGCCACCCGUCGGUAGAUUUGCUAUCAGGAGAAAAAGCGUCUUCGCAGAAACUUAUGAUCCAGAGGAAGAUGAAGAAGAUGAGGGUGCCAAGAUGGUGUAUCCAAAAAGCGACGAACAGCGGCAGAGGCUGAGCGAGAGCGUUAAAAAUAUUCUUCUAUUCCGUGCUCUCGAUAAGGAACAAAUGGCAGAUGUACUGGAUGCGAUGUUUGAAAAGAACGUCGAACCGGGAGAUUAUAUCAUACGUCAGGGCGAUGAUGGUGAUAAUUUUUACGUCAUUGAGAGAGGCAAGUUUGAGGUAUACGUUAAAGAUCCAUCAGGCAAGGAUAUGUUGAUCCACACGUACGAUAACGGCGGAGCAUUCGGAGAAUUGGCGCUUCUUUACAAUAUGCCACGUGCAGCAACUAUUAAAGCCAUCACGAAAGGCACACUGUGGGCCAUGGAUCGGCAAACAUUCCGACGUAUAUUGUUAAAGUCUGCAUACAAGAAACGUAAAAUGUACGAGAAUUUGAUCAACAAAGUCCCGAUGCUCAAGUCGCUCGAGACUUAUGAACGAAUGAAUCUCGCUGACGCAUUAGCUCCGAAGCAUUUUUCCGACGGCGAACAGAUUAUCCGUCAAGGCGAUAUGGCCGAUGGGAUGUACUUUGUCGAGGAUGGGGUUGUUAGGAUCACGAUUAUCGGUGAAAAUGGUCGUGAGGUAGAGAUCAAUCGUGUACCCGCUGGUGGUUAUCUAGGUGAACUGGCUCUAGUCACACACAAGCCACGCGCUGCCUCUGCAUACGCAGUUGGAAAUGUCAAGCUUGCCUUUUUGGAUGUCGAGGCUUUUGAACGGCUGCUUGGUCCUUGUAUGGAAUUGAUGAAGCGCAAUAUUGACGACUAUGAAGAUCAAUUAAUAAAGAUAUUUGGCAGUAAAACUGACAUCUCCGACAUCCGAUGAAUGUCCAGGCAGGUAACAACCUAAGGGCAUCGCGUCGUUUUAUGGUAAUUUUCACGAUAUACUGACGCUCGAUAUAAGCACCUAAUUCUUCAACACCCGCUUAAAAACAAUUGCAUUCAUGGUAUUUUGAGUAUAUAUACAAGUAUACAAACAUAUAUAUAUACAUACAUAUAUUUUUUUUUUCAUCCUUGAUGGAUGUCACUCGCGCAAUUGCUCUCAAGUGAAAACAAAGUAUAAAUAUUAAUUAUAAAUAUAUAUAUGAUAUAAGUUCAUCAUGUGAGUAUUAUAUCUGUAGCUAAACAAAAUUUAUACCUAUUUAAAUCUAAAAAAAUGAAACAAUUUUCAAGUACAAUCACUUUCGUAUUAUGGAAGCACAAUUACGGAGAGUUUAUUAUCGCAAUGAAGUUAUGAAUAUAUCACGUGAGACUGUAAUGGAUUGGAAAGUAUUAAAAAAACAAUUUUAUUAUGACUUAAUUAAAAUCUUCCGUACGGUAAACAAACUAACAAUAAAAUAAUAGUAAUAAUAAUAAUAAAAUAAUAUUAACAAUAAUUAUAAUAAUAAUCAAUCAAUUACCGUACUAAGAUGGAGAGAUAUUUGAGAAUGUGCCGAUUGUUUUUCCACUCUCUUAUUUUUGAAUCGAGACCAAAAAAUAAAUUAAAAAAAAAACCAAUUUAUUAAUUUAUCAAGUUAAAGUCUUUCUCACUUGUAUCUAUAUAUUAUAUAAAAAAUUAAUACUUUUAAUGAGAGGCAUAUUCAUUAAUAGAUUAAUUAAUUUGAUGUUUCGCGUACAUUCAUUCAUUGUUCCCAGUAAAUGUUCCAGUGAGAAUAAUACAAGAAACUUCCCAGUGAUAUAAAUUAGUAAUUAUGUGAGGAAUAAUAGCAAAGAAAAACCAAUAAAACUAAUAAUGUUUCUAGCUAACGGAAAUUAUUUAUUUGUAUAAAUAUCUUUUGUUUUUCUAAAUUAAUGCUUGUUAGAUUAAAAAAUGAAAAAAAUAUCGUAACUGUCGGUAGAUCAUACGUUGCUACGAAACAAACACUCACUUGCGAAUAAUGAACAUUUAAAGUAAUAAAUUUUGCGUACAUAUAUCAUUAUUGUCAAUAAAAAUAUGAAUAAAUGUAAAUCCAGGUGCAGUAGUAAAAAGUCGUUUUCCCAGCCAUUAACGUACACAGCAGGAUAAUAUUACUGACACACUUAAUAUAAUUACAAGAGCGAAUCUCGUCGAUUCUUAUUAUAUCGAUUUCAUUAAAUUACCUAUACUGGAUUUUUUAUGGCAAUUACUAUCUGAUAUAUACCUCGCGUGUCUCAUAUAUAUAUUUAUAAAUUAAACUCAAUUCUCUGAUAAUUAAUAAUCUUUGGAAGAUUUGAUGAUAAUUGUAGAGUGUGUUAAUUAAAUCACGUAUCAAUUCGCUCUUUAAUUGCCAAAAAAAAAAAAUGAAUAAAUUACAUAUUUAGUAAUUAAACAAAAACAAUCGAGCUUUUGAUCACACGUACAGUAGAUUUUUAUGUUACCCUAGCCAAGUGAAGUCUAUUAUUUAAUCAAAGAUGAUAUUUGUACGUAGUGAUUGUAGAUAAUGUCAUGUUUCUAGAGUAUUGAACUACUGUAUUAUUUUUAUACCAACUAUUUGAAAUUCACCAUCAGAAAAAAAUGAUAAGGGUAAUAAUUAAAUUUGAUACCUCAAUAAUCUGAAGUAAAAAAAAAUAUAUAUAUAUAUUUAGGCAAUCAAACAUCUGGAGUGUGUGUUUAUAUGUCAAUGUUAACCUGUUAUUACUGCCCUUAAUCGUGUUUUUUUUUUUAUUGAGUCAAUGUUCUUCCGUGACUAGGACGUAAAAAAAAUUGAUUUGAAAAUUGUCAAGUGAUGAUUGUAUGUUAUCGAAUUGUAAAUUCGAUCUCAUCCAAUCAUAACUGAAAA